UGAGAAUAGCCCACAUUUCGAGACGCUAGCCCUUUAAGAAAAUGGGGAACUAAGAAAACUUUCAUUUCCUUCUCUGUUUUCUUUAAUAAAACCUACAGGCGACUGUUUAUGAGUCGAUUUCAUUACAGGCUCGAUAUAAGUUCCUUAACGUUAGGUUUUAAUCUUUUGAACGACUCUGUCAGUUUAGCGACGUACAUCGUUUGCACUUUGCCUCGGCAGUGAUCCACCCGCGUUACCGUGGUGGUGAGAGAGCAGCGCGGCCGGCAGAUGGCAGCAGUGAUCGCCGAGGAUAACGUGUACAGCGAGGCGGAGCUGGACGGAGCGCCCCCUGCCGAUGGACAGGAUCCGGUGCAGCUGGCCGCUCCUGAGGGAAACAUCCAGGGACAGGUGGAGGAGUUUCUCGGCCCACAUCCUGACUACGAUGAGGAGGAGGAGGAGCGCAAGUACUACAGACGAAAGAGGCUGGGCGUAGUGAAGAACGUGGUGGGGGCCAGUUGCGGAGGAAUGAUCGUCUACAGCGUUUACAUGGGUCUGUUACAGAUGCAGUUAAUUCUGCACUACGACGAGACGUAUAGAGAGGUCAAGUAUGGCACUUUAGGGCUGGAGGAUAUCGACAACAAAAUGCUGAUGGGCAUCAACGUUACCCCUAUCGUCGGCCUGCUCUACACCCCGGUGCUCAUUAGAUUUCUUGGCACUAAGUGGAUGAUGUUUCUGGCAUCAGGCAUUUAUGCUCUCUUUGUUUCAACCAAUUACUGGGAGCGAUAUUACACUCUUGUACCAUCAGCUGUGGCCAUCGGGGUGGUCAUUGUUCCUCUUUGGGCGUCACUGGGAAACUACAUCACCAGAAUGGCCCAGCAGUAUUAUGAGUACGUGAACUAUAAGGACGAACAUGUCCAGGAGCAGAAGAAGCCCCCCAAAGGAGCCUUCCAUUCUUACAUCAUCAUCUUCCAGUCUGUCUUCUACAUGGUUUUCCACCUGAGUUUCGUGUUUGCCGAGUUCCCCAUGGUGCUGUUUCUCAAUAAAUAUCUGAAUGAUUACAAACACACUCUCUACAAAGUCACACAGUGUGGAGCCUCCGGGAAAGGGGUGAUAGAGAAUUUAAAUAAGACGGUUUUGCUCAGCUUGCCUCGCUCUCUGCUGCUUAUCGAGGUGGAGAGUGUGCUCAUGGGGGCAGCCUUUCUCGCCAUGCUUAUCUUCCUGGUGUUGUGUGGAGCUGCAUAUCGGCCCACUGAGGAGAUUGACCUCCGCAGCAUCGGCUGGGGGAACAUCUUCCAGCUGCCCUUCAAGCACUUACGAGACUACCGUCUCCGUCUUCUCUGUCCCUUUUUCGUCUACUCUGGCUUCGAAGUGCUCUUCGCCGUCCAGGGACUCAUAUUGUCAUACGGAGUGUGUGCAGUAGGGAUGGAGAAGCUGUGGUUGUUAGUUAUGGUGUAUGGUUUGUCAUCCUCCAUCUGUUCGGGCCUGUCUCUGAUGCUGCUGCGCUUGCCCAGGCCCAUUAUACUUCUGGUGGGCGCCUUCAUGCACUUUGUGCUAAUUAUAGCCCUUAUGUGCUGGUCGCCCGAACCACGAAAUCCUAGCUAUGUUCCGUAUCUGUUAGUACUCAUUGCCUUCUGGGGUCUGGGCACUGCGCUCAACAAGACUGGACUAAGCACUCUGCUGGGGAUGCUGUACGAAGACAAGGAGCGACUAGACUUUGUUUAUACCAUCUACCACUGGUGGCAGGCCAUUGCAAUCUUCAUCGUCUAUCUUUGGUCUACACUGCCUAUGCGGGCGAAGCUUGGACUCCUACUCUUGGCUCUCAUAGUGGCGUGUUUCUGCUACGUGCAGAUGGAGCGUCGCCUGGCGAAGAAAAUUCCUUUCAGGUUGCCUCGGAUUCCCCGUCCACGACACAAGGUCAAAGGUUACCGAUACCUCGAGGAAGAAAAUUCUGAUGAAUCCGACACAGACUUGAGUGAUGCUGAUGCUGAUGCUGAUGCUGAUGAGGAUGAGAAAAGGUUGGUUGAGGAUAAUGAUUCCCAGGGUUCACCGGGACCGGAGAGGAGCAGGGUUAGGGACUGCAGGAAGAGACACGACAAUGCUGCCUACGAACAGGCGGAAGAGAGAGAGGACUACGUCCAACACAUAAGGGACUAGAAAAGGAGAGGUUAAUAGGUAACAUUGGGGAUUGGAAAGAGAUGAGAGGAAGUUGUAAAAUACUGAAUAGCCAGGUUGAAUGCGAAGCCAUGGUAUGGAAAAUGUUUACUCACUUUUAUAUUAAAUAAGGUUUUUUUUCUUUAGACAGGAAAAGUGUGGGCCAUAGAUGGAAAAAAGGUCAAAAAGUAGUUCACAGUUAAAAAAAAAAAUGAAAGUAGAAGUGAGCCAAGCGUUUUGUUGAAAUGGGAAGUGAAAAGAGGAAACUUCAGAUACCUUGUAAGGUUAGGUGGUUUGUUGCCAUAGAAAUGGAUAUUCUCCAUUGUGAACUUGGUCAAGGUGAUGUACUUGAGUUGUGUAUUUCAUUCUAAUUAUUUUCUGUGCACUGUAAUGGUUAAUCCAGUUCAUAGCUGUUUUCCUUACUGUAACUGAAGAACCAAAGUUCUCUCCAUUUAAAAAAAAAGUUUAACAUUUCAUUUUCUCAUGAAACCUGUUGUAAAUUUGUAAUUAAACAUAAAAUAGAGGUGGUAUAUGAUUUCAAAUGCUACGUUUGUACAUGUUUUAAACCAAAGUAUGAUGUGGUAGAAUGUGAUAACCAUGAACUGCAGCUUUUUAUUUAGAGUUUGCAGUGUUUCUCUUUUAUCUGCAUUGGAUAAGGUAUUUUAUUCAGUGAUAUUCCUAGGGGUCGUUCACGCAGAAUUAAUUUUUGCCAUUUUUCUAUUUUUUUAUUUUUAUGUAAACGCGCUAAAUGGACUUUAGUGCAAGACACCGCAAUUAGUGCAUGACACUGCAUUCUACAAAUGCCUAAAAUAAGGUCAACGGUACAUUUUGUUGCAGUGGAAUGAAAAUAUUUUAACUUGAACGCGAGUGAAUUUUUGCGUGGGAAAUCCGAUUAUUUUAAUGGGAAUCCAUGCGAUUUCAUGUGAGGGUGAAAUAUUUACCCAAGCAGGUUUUGAAACUGGUUCAAGUCGGUCACAUUGGCAAACGAAAAUUUGCUUGAGCUGUGCGAGAUGCUGCAAAAUAUGCAAUGCAACAGCCAAAAAAAUUGUUUACAUAAACAGUGGGAUGUAAUAAUGGAUUCUCUGUGAACUGCCCCAUGUGAUUUCAGACAAAAAGAAAUAGCAUGCAUUGACGCUGCAGUGUGAUUUGCUCUGUAUAAUGAUCAAUCAGGACCCCACCCCCCCAUUACAAUGUAUUCCAUAUUGGUGCCUUAAUGCUGUCAUAAAACAUUUAUUAUAUCUAAUAUAUUGAUUAUAUUGAAACCCCUCUAGUGACUUGCAGGGGUUUAAAGUCUUUGCUGUUUUAAUACUUUUUUACGUUUUAUAUACAGUAUAUGCAAUCUGAAAUCAUUAAAAAAAACUGAGUUACUGUUA